ACGUUCAGCGUCGUUUUCCGUUAGUGCUUCAGCUUUAUUUGGAUGAUCGCCUUUACCUUGUUUUAAUUUCCCGUUCCUCUCCAGUUUCUCUGAGUAUUCUCAUUUUGUUGAUCACUAAUGAACCUUUCUGUUCUGGUGCGUGUUAUUUAACCAGCUAAACAAAGUUAUUAAAGGACAACCAUGGAAAAAAUGCAUUGCAGCACAAUUUAAAAAAAACGUCAUGUAACAAUCUUGUUUUUUAAUAUGUACGGUUAAAACAGCAAGGUUACCUUAUCAAUACAUUAUAAUAUACUAGGAUCACCUCUACAUGGCAGCACGAUAUCACUGCUUGAUCCAAAGAUCACACUGCUUGUUUCGGAGAACGCUUGUCGGUAAAAGACUACAAAUCCCACAAACCCUUGCAGCUCAGCAGCAGCAACAACCGCCUGGCGCCAAGUGACGAUGUCAUUUCAGAGCGUAAACUUCUGUGGAGAGCAGCCGAGAGACAGGAUGUCUGGAAGCAGAGUGAUCCGGCUGGACCUGGCAUCCCUGCAGCGCGCGGGGGGAGACUCCGUCCACCUGCUGCCCUGCGAGAUCGAGCACGAUGGACCGGCCAACGUCGGCCGGUACUUCAGCCCAGCUGUGAAGGAGACCAAGAGCGAGAUGAUAGUGUCGUUCCGAGGGCGGGGCUUGAAAGGUCAGGAGGUCAGCGUUCCCCAGGGGUACAGCGGCAUGGUUUUAAAGGAGGACCACAAGCCAGUCUCUGAGGAUGAGGACCGGUCACUUCGGGUCAGAUCCACCUUCAGCACUCUGACCUGCUGGAACCUGGAGACUCCGCCCUCCUCCGAUGACGGGGUUGUCAUGGCGAUGAACUGGCCGGUAAUCGCGGAGGCAAUCCACGCACCCAUUGAAGACUAACCCAGGAGCCGAGGCUGAAGCUGCCCAGGAAGGCUUUACUUCCCUUCCCCCAGCCUGCUUCAGCGUGUGCUGGACUCUCAGCGGGAGAGUUAAGACCAUUCCAUUGCACUUUCCAAAGGAGCAGUGCUGUUGCGAUAUCCAACCACCAGGUGGAGCUCUAUUGUGCGAUAAAUUCAUAAUAAAAACUUUUUUAAUUUCA